UUCUGGUCUGCAAACUUUGGUAUCUGAUGUUGAACCUUUCUGUGAUUUUGGUAUAGAGCACUGGGCAUUUUCUAAAUCCUUUCUAAUUGAGGGUUUGAGGUUGCAGAGGGAAAGACCGCCUCCUUACUUUGAUUUCCUUUUCAUGUCUGGAUUAGUAUGCCAUAUAUAAAAUAAUUUCAUUAAUUUUGGCUUCAGUGUGCUUUGAGUAUCCCAGAUAUGCACGCUAAACUAAUGUGGAUCUAUUGUGGAUGGGUACUUUGGUUUGUUAGGAGGGUUAUAAAUCUCGGAUGUGAUUAUUAUAACAGUCGCGAAACAAUUUUUUUGGGUGAUAUGGAUGGUGUGUGACUGUCAUUACCUAAUGUAGUGGUCACAAAUUCACAAUGCAGUGAUGCAGCCGAGAACAAAUUCCCUGGUUGAUACUUCCUGAUAAACAGAGAGUUAUCGAUAUGCAGCAACAUUUCUUGCAAACAUAUACUCAUUGUAGGUAAUUCUUAUUGAAAUUAUGCCUCUAGAAAAUGGGCUGAACUGCUGACUGAUGAUGCUUCUCAAUUCUCUAUCCAUUAAACAUGUAGUAGUUUGUCUCAAGUACUUAAAGUAACUUGAUGUUGAUGUUAAACAUGUGAAAUUAUUUAUUUAAUUUGAUGCAAAAAUUGUGAGAUUAAAGUUUUAUUUUUUCGAGGUGGGUCAUAUAAUCCUGUGUUUGUAGAGCCCUAAUGGAUUCAUUAAGCCAUUAAGGAAGGAUUAUGGUCCCAUUUUAUUGGCUUCAUGAAAAUACGCACACCAAAACAGAGGAACUACACUGGCAUGGGCCCAUGCUAUCUUUGAGAUCACUAACUUUUCUCUUUUUGUCAUGCUUCUCCCUCAUUCUGUCCUGCCCCUGCUUUGACGUAGUUUUUGAAUCAGUUGCCCUCUAUUUAAAGCUUGCAUAUUACUUCUUAUUCUUUCCAGUCUUGUUCCGCCUUCCUUCUUUGACGUAGGAAGUUCCAAUCGGUGGCAAUAUCGCCUUCUUUAAUGAUAUAUUAUAUCAACAAUUCUUUAGUAUCAUUUGUCUUCUUGAUUCUGAAAUGAUCAUUCUUCCCGUCUUCUUUUCCUGUUUUCGUAAGAGCAACUUAUCCUUCCUAGGAAGGGAAAUCUAGUUGGGUGAAGUGGUAUGGCUGAUUAUGGUGAUGGGGGAGGAGUUAUGCGGGUUUUGAAGGCUAUAUGUGUAGCUUUUAUGUUGGUUUUUUCUGUACGGUUCUUGUCCAUGGGGAUCCUAGCAAGUGCGGAGAUUGAGGGGCAUACAGCAGCGACGAGUACAUCAUCUGGUAAUUACGCAGCAAUGCAUACAUCAUCUGGGAAUCAUGCAGCAACGAGUACAUCAUCUGGGAAUAACAAGCAUACGACGCUGCUGGGGAGGAAGAAACAUUCUGUUCCUGUGAAGCUCAACCCGACUUAUUCUAGUAAAAGAAGAGUCCCCAGUGGUCCUGAUCCUAUACACAACAGGCACGUCGGAGAAACUAGAAGACCACCUGGCCGUACUUAGCACCGCCUCGGAAUUGAACUGAGAGGGUGGUUUAGUCAGUACGUACGCUAUGGGACAAGUUAUUGGAAAAUCUAUCUAUUAUUGCAAAGGAUUAUAUGAUGGGUGGAAUUUUCAUUGUUUUGUUUCGUUAUUAUUUAUAAAUAUAUGUAUAGGAAGUUUUCAUUUUAAGUAUGAUUUAUUUCCCAUUUAGAGAUUAAAAUGUCAUAAGAAGUGAUUCCUUUGUUGUAAAGAUUUGGUUUUUCUCAAGUUAUGAGAUUUUUACGUGUAAAUUUAACUCAAGUUUUUUUAUGGUGCGACGGAUUUUGCAUGUAUCAUAUCGUUUAUUUAAUUAUAUUUUUAUUUAUUAUAAUUUGAGCCCUUUUUUUUUUUUUUUUUUUUUUUUUGGAUUUAUAAGCCUUUUUUGACGCUUUUGGUUGCAUGAGUCGUCGGUGCUUUAGGGCAGCUCGUGCUCAACAGUCGUCAACAAAGGUGUGUUUCUCCCCAUUAGUUAAAAGUCGUUUUUGUUGUAACAAAACUUUGUUAAAUGGUAACAUUUUCAUUGAAAUUCGUAAUUGAUGAGAUUUGUUUUUUGCU